AUGAGAUCAUGCCCUGCGACCCUCUGCUGUGCCCUGCAGCUCCUUGCGGGCACAUGCCUCGCGCAGACGUCGGCCAACUCGUCUUCGACGUCACCGCCUCCGGCCGUGAAAACAACAACCACAACACCGGCCGGCGCCUACGUCGGCCCCAACGUCACGGCCGGGCGGCCCAUCGUCGGCGACUACCGCGGCCAGUACCGGCCCCAGGUCCACUUCUCGCCGCCGAGGCACUUCAUGAACGACCCCAACGGCAUGUUUCGCGACGACGCCGGCACCUGGCACCUCUACUACCAGUACAACCCGACCGACAUCGUGGCCGGCAACCAGCACUGGGGCCACGCCACCUCGUCCGAUCUCUACCACUGGGUGAACCAGCCCAUAGCCCUGUACCCGCCCCGGAAGGACGUCUACGUCUUUUCUGGGAGCGCCGUUGUGGAUAGGAACAAUACUUCGGGCUUCUUUCCCAACCAGACCAACGGCGUCGUAGCCAUCUACACGCUGGCCGAGUACGACUCGGACGGCAGCCCGGGUCCCCAGACCCAGGCCAUCGCCUACUCCCACGACAACGGCUACAGCUUCAUACCUUACCAUGGCAACCCCGUGAUCCCCAGCGACUCGCCGCAGUUCCGCGACCCCAAGGUCGUCUGGCACGAGGGCCACUGGGUCAUGGCCGUGGCGUACCCACACGACUUCGCCGUCGGCAUCUUCACCUCCCCAAACCUCAUCGACUGGAACCCAACAAGCAACUUUUCACAUCACGGCCUCUUGGGUCUGCAAUGGGAGUGUCCCAACCUCGUCAGGAUGCCCUACGUCGAUGAAAAGGGCGAGAGGAGGGAUGACAUGUGGCUCAUGGUGGUCUCAAUCAACCCCGGAGCGCCGUUGGGAGGGUCGGUCGCGCAGUAUUACCCGGGCACGUUCAACGGCACGCACUUCGAGGCCGUCGACGCGGCGGCCCGCAUCGCCGACUUUGGAAAGGACAGCUACGCAGGGCAGUUCUUCUACGGCAGCCCCGACGACGCCGAGGACCCCGUCUUCAUGUCGUGGGCGUCCAACUGGCAGUACACGCAGACGGUGCCGACGGCCGACGAGGGCUGGCGCAGCGCCAUGAGCCUCCCGCGCCGGACGCAUCUCACCAAGUCGCCGCGCGUCGGGUGGAAGCUCGUGACUGUGCCGUACGACCUGAGCCCCGUCAUGGGCGACGCCCUGGCGUCCAACGACAGCAUCGCCAACGGCACAAUCACCGUCGACUUCUCCGACGUGCCGUCCAAUGCGCUGUACUGGGAGCUCAACGUGACGGGUCUGCCCGACUCUGGCGACAUCUCGCCGACGGCCACCAUGAACUUUACCUUUUCCAGCCCCGUCACCGGCGAGUACCUCCGGGGCGGCAUGUUCUUCGGCGGCGACUCGCCCUUCUUCCUCGACCGCGGCGGCACGCGCGGCUUCGACGACGUCUUCUUCACGGACAAGGUGUCGACCAACAGCAUCGUCUCGGGCGCGUCGUGGAACAUGAGCGGCAUCUUGGACCGCUCGGUGCUGGAGCUCUUUGUCAACGGCGGCAUCGACAGCGCGACCACGACUUUCUUCCCAACGCAGCCGCUGACGCUCGCCGUCUUCGGCACCGCGGGCCUGCCCGAGGGGGCGCGCGUCAGUGUUCGGGUGAAUGCGCUUCGCAGUGCCUGGGAGGGCAUGGCGAGCGAGGCCGACGGCCUGGUGCACGGCAACCAGUCCAGCAGGGACACUGGGGUUGAGGACGUGAGGCGCAUGCUGCUGCUGCGAGAGGGAGAUGCGGGCAUUUGA